AUGAGUACCGUACAAGGAGGUGAUAAUGUCAACUUUGACGGGCUAAAACUACCAGAAGCGAGCAUUACGUUUCUUAGCUUUUUUGCCAUAAAAUCAGUCAUAUCCUCAUCUAAUUUUGGAAUUGCUGUCCAUGAAGAAGUCGCCGAUGAGACUUUCCUCCGUCACAUGACGCAAAUUGGGAAGCCAUGGAACGCGUUCGAGCUCCUCGGGAUCAAUGACCAGUUCGGUCUUCCGCUGGACUCUCACGUGACGAAAGGGGCCAUUUUGACGCCAGAAUUGGUCCGUCGCUUCAUCCACCUUCCGCACGUGGAGAAUCUUCUGUUUGAUUUCGUCCUCAUUUUGAGCCCUGACCAUCCCGACGACCAAGACAAGAAUGAGGAAUUCCUGACUGAGCAAAUCCACCGAUUGAAGGACCGGUUCCAUCAUUUGAACACGGUUUGCAACAAGACGCCCGGAAUUAUGGAGGCCCGAUUUGUCGACAUCAUUGAGCCCCAGGAAGGAUCGUUCGGCUAUUCGAUCACUAUCUCGAUCGAUAGACAAACAUUUAACGGAUUACUGCCAUGAAAUCGCUCCUGUUUUUGAGUAAAUAUGUAAUAAUCAAAUUAUAAUGCACGUAAUGUAAUG